AUGCCAACGAAACGUUUGAGAAUGUACCAAGUCGACUGUCUGAUGCUGGGAAUCAUGACAACUAAUAUGGUAGACGACUUCGGACUAGGUGCGUUCUACAUAGUCGCCGUGACAACAAGACCAAGUUGCGACAAAGAGGUCAACCCACUUCUAUUGCCCGUGUUAUCUGAGCAAAUUGUGGACGCCUAUGUCUGGUCGCAUGCGGCGUCUCAAGUGGAUUUCUGGUACAUUUUGGCCAUAACGCCGAAUUUCCGUGACGGUUUGCUCAUGCGUCCGCUCAGCUCGCCGACUGCCAGAACCCCAAAGUUGUACGAGUUUAUUCGAAAUGGACAUCACCCGCUGACGACGUCUUCGCUUUGUUGCCGAAAUCAAUUUCCCCCCACUUUCUUCAUCACGAGUUUCAAAUUUAUAAAUGUUGCCCAUUUGUGUGUUGCUCCAUUCUUGUUGUUGACCAUCAGCCCUAGUGGCUCUUCUUCAUUGUGUAUCUUCGAUAGUCCGUAA